UUAUAUUAUCUACACACAAUGUUCUGCUUUUAAGCCUUUUUUACUACUUCAGGGUAAUAUUUAUCAGAUUCCGGACUUGUGCAGGCAAGAGAAGUUAUUGCAUGACGGUGGAUCACGUUUCUAAAGAAUUUGCCUUACAAACUAUGAAAGCAGAUUUGUCACCCGGCAAUAAGCUGUCCCAGCAUUUCUGCUCUAUACAAGUGACUUCAGAAAAUGGAGCUCUUUGUAUUAUUAACCCUCUCUUUAUUCACGAACACGGAGAUAGGUGGCUUACCAACAUUUCACAGAGUCAGACAAAAGAAAAGCGGAGGAGUGUGCCAUGGUGCUGUCAGCAAAGUGUCAAAAUAAAAACCAUGAGGACGCCAUUAGUGAAGGAAGACACUCCGGAUAAAAUAAGCGAUGAAGCUGAGGACAAAGAAGAAAACAAUCAGGAUGAAACAGAAUGGCAUUUAGACAUAUUUAAAAAACUGGGAAUGGAUGAUGCAUAUAGAGAGUUUCCACAGCAACAGGAGGAGGAAUCAAAAAAUGUCCACAAUGUAAAUGAACCAUCGGACACACACCAAGAGGACACAAAUAUUGUAAGGACAUUUGCAGUGACACCAGGGAGUGAAUCUAAAGAUCAAACUAAGGUGGAAUGUACAGGUUUCCGAAAGGACACAACAAAGUUGGAAGAAGCUCACAAGGUUGAUAAUAAAACUGAAGAAAAAAAGCUACAUUUUCCUCACAGAGUCUCUUGGAUUGAAGCUGAACAUGUAGCAGAAGUGUCCUUAAAAAAAUCAAACUCUGAAACUUCUCUCAUCUCCUCUGAUAGCUUCCUACUUCCUCCCUUAUCUGAGCUGGACUCUGCCUCUAUAAGUAGUGUUGAGGAUGAAAAAGAUUGCCACUCUUCACCCCGCAGGAGAAAGCACCCUCAUGGGCUUGGAGACAUUGUCAGACACAGUUUUCUGGCUGUCAGCACAGUUCUAACAGGUUUUGUAUCCCCUGAGAAACAUCUUGGGAACAGGAUCCAACAAAUUGCAGAAGACCCAUCCUCUUAUCUUGGAUGCAAAGUUCAGACUUUUAUUGGGCAGUUCAAAGAGUUUAGUCAACACCAGUCUAGCACCGAGAUGCUGCAGGAAAUACGUCAAGAGCUCACAGACCUCAAGAACAACCUGCUUGAGAGCAAUGAUAUAUGGGAAAUUGUGGAGCAUCAUGGGAUAGAGGAUUCCAAAAUAGCAUCAAUAAUCGAGACUUCUCUGCAUAAAUGUUUGCUGAAACCUCUGAGGGGUAAAAUUUACUCACAGCUCAUAGACAUUUACAACAGAGAUGGAUCCCUCACCAGGCUACUAAGCAACCAAAAAAGAGAAUGAAGGUUCGGAGUUUGUUUAGUAAAGAGUCAGUUGCUGGGUUACCAGGAGUUGGCGUCAUGGAGAAGAUUCAGCAAAAGCUUUUACUUAUGCAUAUGGCUUACUCCCCCGAAAAGAUGAUCAUCUUCUUGCUUAAAGUCUGCAAACUUAUAUAUGAGUCAAUGGAGGCAGCUAGCAUAAAGAAAGAAGCGUUUGGUGCAGAUGACUUCUUGCCAGUCCUGAUUCAAGUUCUGAUGGGCUGUGACCUCACAUCCUUGCAGCUUGAUGUGGAGUAUAUGAUGGAACUUGGGGAUCCUUCCCUGCUUCAGGGAGAAGGUGGGUACUAUCUAACUACUAUGUUUGGUGCAUUAUAUCACAUCAGUAGCUUCAACAUGGUGUCAAGGCAGCUGAGUACUGAAGCGCAGAACUCUAUUCGCCAAUGGCAGCGCAGACGAACUAUUCAUCAUAAACACUCCCUUCAGAAGACUGUCAAAAUCGUCAGAAAAAAAGGAAUCUGACGAAAAAUAAAAAUAAAUAAAUAAACUUUGAGAUUUCAUAAGGAUCAUAAUCCAAAAAGUCACUUUGGUCCUGGCCAAUAUGGACAGAAUAUUUUUUAUAAUAAACUGGAAUACAUUUUUCUUUUAUAAAAUGUCAAGAGACUUUUGGGAUUUUUAAUUCAAAUGAUUUAUGUGUAUACUAUUUAUAAAAAAUAAUAAUGGCUGUUGUUCUGUACAAAGAAAAUAUAAUAAAUAUAUAUGCAAGCAAA